CUGCCUGUAUCUCCUGCUGGCGUCGGCGGAUCUGACCAAGAAUUUAAAAAAGGGAUGUGAAAGCGCACUCUGGGGUUGAGAUCAGCGCCGGGAUGAGGUUUAACGAGAAGGAGCUGCUUUGUAUCUCGAAGCAGCCGUCGGAAAAGGCGGCCGAGCUGGGAAUGAGGGGGCCGAAGAAGGGAGACGUGGUCAAGAGACGUCUGGUCAAGCUAGUGAUCAACUUCCUGUUCUACUUCCGGACAGAUGAUGAGGAGCCAGCUGGUGCCCUGCUGCUGGAGCAGUGCAAGGUGGAGAAGGAGGAACCCACGGCCUUCUCAGUGGCCUUCCUGGACGAGUCGGAAAAGAAGUACCUGUUUGAGUGUGAGAGCAGCGAGCAGUGCCAGGAAUGGGUCGAGUCGCUCACCAGAGCCAGCUACGAGUCCAUGAGAAGAAGUCUUAUAUUUUAUCGCAGUGAGAUUCACAAGCUAACGGGAAAGGACCCCCUGGAGCAGUACGGUAUAUCAGAAGACGCUCGCUUCCAGGUCAGCUCUCAAAGACCCUGAACCUCAAACCCCUUUCACAGCGGGGGGUGCAAAGCACUGCAGCAGCACGUCACUGGUAAUCAGAACUGAUUUGAGUUGUUUUUCAUACUGGGAGUUCUGUCGUUUCUGAAUGUACUUUUUUAACUUCGUUGUUGUGACUUUUUUGUACCAGUUUCACGAGCCAGUUGUUGAAUGAGAAGACUGGGGUCAUGCAUGGGAUAAAGAAGAAAGUGGACUUUGUCCCUCAGUAGUUUAGUCUUUUCUCCCCUCCACAGAUUUGGUAGAACUCUAGCAACUGUAACUUAAAACGUCAACUCCCUCAGCUUAGUAGCUGUGUGAAUUUAAAUAGGGUUUAUGGCUUUUAAAGUUUUUUGUAUGUCUCAAACUUGCUUUAAUUAAUGUGAGAAUUUCCAGUGCACACAAAUCAUCACAGAAUUAUAAUUAAAUGUAUAGAUUUACUCGAUCCUGUUUCACAAGUGAUGGGAAACUGCAGAAACAAGAAUACAAUCCGUUUCUGCUCCAGCUGACCCUAAUGUAAUGUAGCUAGAACUAAGCCAGUGUUCUGAACCAUCCACAUCUGCCCUCGCUUUCAGGCUGUUCUAAUUGUUUAGUGUGGGACCAGCGAAAGGCGAUUGUAAGACUGGGCAGUGAUGCGAUAAAGGCCCUGUAUCAUCUAAAAAGGACUGGCUGUUAGGAUUAGAACACAGAACUAAGGCUCUGUCCACACAGACUAGAAAGUGCUCAGUUCGGUUAGCGUCCACACGUCGCAGUGUUUAAUACCGGAUUCAAGACCACCUUAAGGGGGUUCUGCUAGGAACUGUAACCGAACUAGUGUGUGGACACAUUACGUCCGAAUAAACAUGAAAAUGGUACUUCAGUGUGGACCCUUUGAGCUGAAUUAAAACAGUUUCAAGUAGAUUUAUGUAGUGUGGACAGGGCCUCAGACUGGCCCUUGACCCAGAGUUGAGAGUUUGACAAUUCUGCCUGGACAGGAAGGUCGAAGUGGACGCACAGGUCUGUCCAGUUCAGACAGCAAACCCAUUCAGUCGUAGGUUCUGCCUUACAAGUUUACAAAAGGUGCAACAAAAAAAGAGAGGAUUUUUGUUGUGGUUUUUCCCUUAUGAAAUGAGCCUCUUUUAAUAGUGUUGCUGUUGGGGAUGACUGGGUAGUGGAGGCACUAAGAGAUUGUUUGAGUGCAGCAGUCAGAUGCUGUACUGUCGAUUAGAAUAAGGGAAGAACCCUGAGGGUACAGUGCAGCGAUCACAACAUUAUUUCUGUACAUUUUUUUUUUUCUGUUGAAGCCUUUCUUUUAAAAAUUACUGUAUUUUAGCAUGUUUGGCUACUG